AGAGCAGUGUUGAGCUCUCAGCUGCUCAGUCUGCUCAGUCCUACGCUGGCACUGCUCAACUGGCGAAAGGGGCAAGUUCCACAGCAGAUGUUUUUCUUUCUUUCUUUUGUUGAAGAUGGCCUAACUUCGACAGAACUUCUGCUGGCCAGUCACACAUUGGCUGGAGUGUGACUCCGUCAGCAUUUGAGGCCAGCUCCGCAAAUGGGAGGCCACCAACCUGUCAUCUCUUCUGCUCAAAUGCACCAUUUCCUCGCAACUCCUCUCAUCUAAGAUGGCCACCUAUGGGCUUCUCCUGCACCUGACCAGCCUGGAGCAGACAUGGUGAUCAUCUUCUCAAAAACACUGGAAAAGAAGAAGGGUGUCAAUGAUGUAAGGUCCAAGAACAAGGAAAGACUGCUGCGUGAGCUCCACACCAUGAGCAGGGGGACCACCCUCUUCUCCUGUGGAACUGUGGAAGCAGACAGGUGGCUGGACAUGGGUAGGGGAUGUGCCCUCCAGCAGGGAGCUCCCUGCCAGUCGGGGUCCAGUUUGGAAAGCCUAUGGGACAUACUGCCCGCGCAGAGCAGCCACCCUUGGGCCAAAGAGCCAGGCUCCUCCACUGCCAUCACCAACCUGAUCAGAGAUCUCAGCCUGGGGGACGGCACCAAGACCGGCCCCCUCUGUCUGAGCACCACUACAGCUCCCAGUCAGGCUCCUGCUGCUCCACCCAGCAAACGUCAGUGUCGCUCCCUCUCCUUCUCUGAUGAGUUUGGGGGUUUCCGGUCGUGUUGGCGGCCACAGAGCUCCAGAGUAUGGACAACAGUGGAGAAGAGGAGAUGUCACAGUGGGGGCAGUGUCCGCGCGGGCAAUGCUCACUCAGGGUGUACUCUGCCUGCCAUGCAGCGCAGCUCCAGCUUCAGCCUGCCCUCACGCUGCAGUCUGCCCUUAGAUGAACCACUGGACCUGCCACUCUUCACCCACCGCCUGCCUCUCCACCACCAGUUCACCGCCUCUCCCUUGUCCCCCACUUCUCCCCCCUUGCACCAUCAGCACUCCCGGCACCAGAACUUCCUCCGGCCGCUGUCCUUGUCUCAUGAGCAGAUCAGCCUCCCUGAGCUCCAGAGAGAGGAGGCAUCUGAGGCCAGCUCUCCAGACUCCACUCCAGAGCUGGGGAGGCGGGCUGUGCAGAGGUCUCCAGGAAAGGGCUGCCUGUCCCGCAGCAGGUCCCAGCCCUGUGUCAUCGAUCAGAAGAUCGGCAUGAAGCGCAGGAGGCCAGAGGAUGCCCAGGAGCAGAGGCCCUCUCUGGACUUGGUCAAGAUGACCCAGAAUCUCCAGACCUUUCAGAGCUUGAGCUGCCCUGGCUUCUCGGCACCCGACCCUUUCCCUGUCCCAUCUUUUGAGAUCCGCCCAACUUCAGACUUCAAACCCGCAUCCGAACCGAGACUGGAGCCCAGACAGGAGGAGGGCGAGGACUUAUCGUACGAGGAGGACAGCGACUCAGCCUGCAGUGUGGACUCCCGCUCCCACUCCCCCGAUGUAGCGGACAGUAAAGCGCACGCCCUCUGGAAGGAUGAGUGCGCCACACAGAGAGACAUUUUCCUGCUGGGAGGAGAGUUGGAUCUCGACCAGAUUGAGAGAAACUGAACAUUUUAUAGAAGACUGUAAAAGACUGAACAUAGAGGGUUUACAGAAAGUUAAGGAAUGUCUUAAAGUUUGUGAUGAGAAAGAAAUGGGUUGUUUCACAAGAUAUGAUAGUUUAAAAUUGAGCUGGAGGACAGGUCGGGUAGAAUUUGCAGGCUUAUUAACCUGGUUUAUGGAUAAUAUGUGUGUAAUUACUGGGCCUGUCCACAUGAAACAAGUUCAACAUCCCUGUCAGUUUAAAAAAAUAAAAGUGAAAUUACUUUCAAUUCAAUUUCACAAGGGCUAUUAUUCAACCCCAAAGACAUGAUUAUUGUCAGUUAAAGGGUCUUUGAGAUGUCAGGAGAUUAAUAUGGCAAGUGUGUCUCUAACAAAUAAUGACAGAGUUCAGCAUUUGUAGAUCAGAAGUUAGGAUAUUUCUUGCAGAAACAGUGACUCUCUCAUGGAGUUACACAGACCCCUGCCCUCCAUUUGAAAAUAUGACAUAAUCAAACUCUAGAACAUGAACGCAACCUAUAAGGAACGGAGCAAUACAAAUGGAAUUGGACGAUGUGCAAGUGAUUUUGAGUUGAAGGAUUUGGUAUGUUGUCAAGGGGUGUAGACUUUGAACAUUCUUACUGUUUAAAUCAAAAAGCAGUCAGUGAUAUUAGUUCUUUUUUAAAUUGGGUGUUCAGCUUAACUCAGGAGCGGGAAAGUGAGGGUUAGUCUUAAAAA